AUGGGUGAAUCUGAACCAUUAUUUGUGCGGUAUUUGGAUGAACCUAUUGAAGUCGACCAAAUCGGACCGGGACUCGAAUUAAACAAACUAUUCAAGCAACCAGGCUAUGAAAACAGCGAUUCUACACCACUCCUCAUCACAUACGCUGAUAAUCUCCUUCCCGUUGUCAAAAAGAUAAAGAUCUCACAUCAUUCAGAAGAAAGAAAGAAAAGAUGGAAAGAACUAAACCCAAAGUUGAUUGAAGCUGCUGCGAAGAAUGAGAAACUCGAGAAAAGUGCCGCCUAUUCGUCUGUGACCUGGAAACUCAUUUCGUCUAUCUAUAAUAUUGAAGAAUACUCUCAGCCCGUGAAAGAAGUUCCCUUGGAAACAAUCGAAUACAUUCAAAACUAUCUUGCCAAAGCUCACAAAAGCCUGAGUGGACUUGCUCAAGGAAAUGAUUCCAAACGAUUCCAUUUCAUUUCACCUAUUCUGAUUUGUGUUGUAUUUUUGUUUGGUCCAAAUGAUCCGGUUGAAAUCGUCAUCGAGGAAGAUUUAACUGGUGUAAAUGUCAAAGCUAAUGGGCAUUUUGAAUUCAUGCUUAAAAGAAUAUGUAUUGUCCAAGCAAAGAAGGAUGAUAUGGAGCAGGGAAUGGCACAGGAUUUAGUUGGAAUGGAGGUUGCGUCUGAUUUAAAUGGGUUGGAUACUGUUUAUGGGAUAGUCAGAAAUUACGCUGAAUGGAUUUUCUUGAAAAACCACAACAAUAGAGUUGAAAAGAAUGAUGUUCUGCAACGUGAGCAUGAAAUCCCUACUGUUGAAUCAUUGAAGAGAAUUGCUGGGAAGAUUUAUGCUUUGCUUUCGGACGACUGA